CAACCAUUCGCUUUUAACACUCAACAUGCUGAAGUUCGUGAUCUUGUUGUCUGCUGUCGCCUGCGCCCUGGGAGGCACCAUCCCAGAGGGUCUCCUGCCCCAGCUGGAUGGCCGCAUUGUUGGAGGCUCCGCCACCACCAUCAGCAGCUUCCCCUGGCAGAUCUCCCUGCAGCGCAGUGGUUCCCACUCCUGCGGUGGCUCGGUCUACUCCUCCAACAUCAUUGUGACAGCCGCUCACUGCCUGCAGUCCGUGUCCGCUUCGACCCUGCAGGUCCGUGCCGGUUCCACCUACUGGAGCUCCGGCGGCACCGUCGUCAAGGUUGCUUCCUUCAGGAACCACGAGGGAUACAAUGCCAACACCAUGGUCAACGACAUCGCCGUCAUAAGGCUGAGCUCCUCCCUUUCCUUAAGCUCUAACAUCAAGGCCAUUGCCCUUGCCUCGUACAACCCUGCCAAUGGAGCCUCUGCCGCCGUUUCUGGAUGGGGCACCCAGUCCUCCGGCUCCAGCUCCAUCCCCACCACCCUGCAGUACGUGAACGUAAAAAUCGUUAGCCAGUCGCAGUGCGCUUCCUCCACCUACGGUUAUGGCAGUGAGAUCAGGUCCACCAUGAUCUGCGCUGCUGCCAGCGGCAAGGAUGCCUGCCAGGGCGAUUCCGGCGGCCCAUUGGUCUCCGGCGGUGUCCUCGUUGGUGUUGUGUCCUGGGGCUAUGGCUGUGCCUACGCCAACUACCCCGGAGUCUACGCCGAUGUUGCUGUCCUCCGCUCCUGGGUGAUCAGCGCCGCCAACUCGAUCUAAAUGAAUAGUAUUCCAUUGAAUGAAUGAAUAAAUAAACGUAUUCCAUUAGGUUAAUUCAAUAAAGUUAUGCAAACAAUGUA